AUGUCGAAACCAAUAGAAAUCCAGUCCGUCAAACAAUGGAACGAGAUCAUUGAGGCCGCAAACGAUAAAACUCUAGUUGUCGACUUCCACGCCACCUGGUGCGGUCCCUGCAAGGUUAUUGCCCCACAGUUCAGCCAACUAGCUGAACAAAACCCUAAUGUGCAAUUCCUGCGAGUUGAUGUAGAUGAGCACGCAGCCAUUGCGGAAUUCUUGUACGAGUUGCAUUGCUGGGGACCACCAUUACUGACUUUUUUUACCCAUAGUCAAGUUAGAGCUAUGCCAACAUUCUACGCGAUAAAGAAUCGUGAGGUAGUGGGCUGGGCAAGUUCAUUACCUUCGAGUUUGGACCUCUUCUCACAUAAGUACAGCUUCGCGGCGCAGAUCCGAAGGGGCUUGCCAACCUAG